AUGGCUUUUUCAAUUUCUGAGAUGCCAUAUCUAUCUUCUAUACCCGUAAUUCCAAAACAUGGUCGAAAGAUAUAUGGUAUGACUUCCAUAAAUGAGGAACAUAUACCUUCAGACGACACUCCAGCUUCACCCAAAGAAAAUUGGCCACUGGGCCCAGAAACAAAUACACAUCGAAGAAACAAAUCCAGUAUGAACAUGUUGACAGCAAAUGGUAUGGGUAUCAGAAAGUGGGAGGGAAAGUCGCGGAGGUCAAUCGAGUGGGAUGGCUUGAGGAGGGAUCCCGAAUUAUGGUAUCCUGAAGGAGAUUGUCUAGUUUAUUUGUAUGGCCGAGGACAAUCGAUGAGAGGUCCAGCAUUUCGGGUACCACUGAAUUUACUGGUUGACGCGAAAUGCCAACCACUUUUGGAUGCAUUUAUGUUAAAAGAUAUUAACGGCUCGCCAAUAUCAGACAUUAACGAGGUUCUGGAUGAAUAUUAUUCGGGUGCCAGUGAUUCUGAUUACGUUGAGCUAUACAUUCCAGCUCCUGUCAUGGCAGAACGAGGAGAGGCUUUCCUCUACCACACCGCAACCCGAAACUUCUUUGCGUGGGUUUUCAAGAAGUCCUUGGUUGGACAGGAUUUGGGCAGUGCGUUGGUUGGACUUCUCAAUAGUAUGUCUCAGUUCAGAUCGACUGAUGCCAACAACGUGGAUGAUAUCGUAGCCUAUAUCGAUGGAGAGGGAUACGCAGAUAUGAGGAAUACACCGGAUCAUGCCCUUGGAAUCAUGUAUUUUGCAGAGCAUUUCCAUUUCAAAGACAUGUGGAUAGAUGCACUUGCGCAUUGUGCUGGGAUGUGCGAGAAACUCCACAAUAGUCCUGGUUUCGAGUCAUUGAGUCGACAAGAUCGAGUUUUCAUAUCCCGAGCAAGACUAGAAAUGGACCUUCGACUCGACACAUGUGGAAAAAUGCUGAGUGGAUUUCUUACAGAAGAACUCACCGACACAUAUUUGCAGCUUAGCCCUGAUGCUCAAAUUCACCUCGAAAAAUUUAGAGCAUUUCUACAGAAAUAUUACACCGCAAAGCUUGGAUCCUAUCCAUCUUUAGCAUCGAGAUCAGGAAGUGGAGCUUUCUCCAAGAGUCUCUUCAAGCAAAUGCGAUCCGAAUUCCAAAAAUUGUAUGAAUUUCUAGCAGACUCCAGUGCGACGACAACAGGAACUACAAGCACUAGUAAGGAAGAAUUAGAUGUACUGCAUGCAGUCAUGGCAUUCGACAGGCGAUACCAGAUCGAACCAUUGCCCUAUCCUCUACCACUGCUUCCAGAUGAUAAUGCGAAACCAGCUACCAAACCAUUGAGCAAACGGUUGACCUUUACGACGAAAAUGUUUCCCAAGAGUGAUAAAAAUCACAACGAUUCUGGCAUGGAUCCAAUGAGCGCUCUUGACAAGGCUACAAACCGACAGAAUCUGCGGCUCACUGACUGUACGCUUGUUCGUGCAUACCGGGGCUUUGAAAAAGAAUGUGCCACCCAAGCCAAUUCUAAGAUGACAGCAGCGGAAAAGAUUUCCCAGGCGGAAGGCCGCAAGAUUCGUUGGAUUUUGAUCUAUUCUUCUCUUCAAAUACUUAUUCAAGCGACGAAAGUACCAGAUCAAGUGCGCGCUACCCAAAAUGUAGCUUACAACAUUUCGAUUCGCAUUGGAGAAUGUCCACCGUGGAAUGACCGGCGUUCGUGUUAUAAUUUGAUUCGCACGCAAAGUGCUCAAGCAAACAGAGACUACCGAAACUCCCUAAUCAGGUCGAACCCUUCCAGUGCUGGACAAACAUCAGUUGAUGUCAUAGCUGCUUUCAAUGAUUAUCUUGCCCAAAGAAAGCAAUCUGCCUUGUCGCGAAGGACCGAAAGUGUAGUCGACACUACAUUAUCAAUCAAGAACAUAAUUGCAAAAGCCAAUGCUGGUAAUGCCCUGACGAUAAUGCCGGAACUUCAACAUCCCAGCCCACGAAGAAACGCACAUCAUGAAAUUUUAAUCGAGGGAUAUGGUCAUGGCUUGGAGGACAGCCUUACCGAUGGUCCAAUGACGAAAGAUACCAAGGAAGAAUACGAUUCCUACAGAAAACAAUCAUCGUCCACCACUUCAUCGAUCGACGCAUCAUCACAAUGGUCUCGUUCCUCGCACGAUCAAGAAGGGACAAACUUCGAGUCUUCCGAUGUUGACUCCCCUAGAACGAGUGGUUCAUUUACAUCUGAUGAUCGUCGAGGUUCAAUUUCUUCGGUUUAUUCAGAAGCUGAAUCGCUGGAACAGCUAUUUGCAUUUGAACAAUUGCACAGGCCAAGGCCACUUAGUACAUACUCUGUGAGUAUAUACGAAGAGGAUUUGAUAGCAGAAGGGAUUUUACCCGAUCCAUUAUUCUCACCAAGAAUGUUCGGAAAAAAGCAGGCAGGACCUCCGCCUCUCUUCCUCUCGAAACCUGCGCAAAAGAGAGUAAGCAUCUUGAGUCAGAAGCUUGACAAGCAUGCCAGCGUUGGUAGCACAAUGGUGAUGAAUGACGAAUUGGCGGCUUAUCUGAAGGGUUGA